AUGAAACACAUUUUUAGUUUUGUCAACCUGGUUUCCAGUAAGCGGAAGAGCAUUAAGUGUAAUUUCUUAAAAAACUUCGAGUUACUGGACUCCUACGCAUUUGAUCUCUCCGGUGUGUAUAACAACUGGAGUUCUUUAUACUAUUGUUUAUCAUCAUAUAAGAUAUCUGUGAAUAUGGAACUACUUGAUGUUAUGAAAAAUCUUACAAUAAGACAAAUACCUAAUGAAAGUGAACAACAGUUGUUUAAGUCUAUUGCUGCAGAUAUAGAUGAUGUUCCAACUGAAAUAGUCCUCAUAGAGUAUACAGACAAAACAUUACUUAUUGUAUCACAGUAUCAGAAGAUUGGAAGCAUGUUAAUGAUACAAAAAGACCAAGUUCAGAGUCCUUUAGGUACUAAUGAUAUUUAUUCAACAAAAGUUAUUUUUGGUGCUUCAGGAGAAGAGCAGCAAGUUGCAGCGAGAUACUUAGCAGAAGCAAUUAGUAUAACAAAACCACUUUGCAUUUUUAUAAAUCUUAAAUCAUAUGACAUAGAAACAGUUAAAGCUUGUAAAGAUAUAAUUCUGGAUUUAAAAGAUACUUCAAACAAUUCAGAAGAGCCUAAAAAUGACAUCAACAAGUGUUAA